AUGGCGUCGAUUGAUAACAGGAGUGUUGUUGAAUCAGAAGAUGAAGAAGAAGACGGUGGCAACACCGCUAAAAUUUUGUCAGCAUCUGAUCCGUUACUUGGUGAUCCGGCGGUGUAUACUAUUACGGCGGUGCCUCACCGUCAUGACUCGCCGCCUCCGAUUGAAGUUAAUCUGAUGAAGGAAGAACCACCGGAGAACGAUUUGGAUGGUUCAUUACCUCUAGCUAUCGUCCCAAUGCCAACAUCUAAUAAACAAAUGACGGUGGCGACGCCGCGGAGGGCGAAUAAGGAUCGUCACACGAAGGUGGAAGGCCGUGGCCGGAGAAUCCGCAUGCCGGCGGCGUGUGCUGCUAGAAUAUUCCAGUUGACACGAGAACUAGGGCACAAGUCUGACGGCGAGACGAUUCGGUGGUUGUUGGAGCACGCCGAGCCGGCUAUCAUUGAAGCCACCGGCACCGGGACGAUGCCGGCGAUCGCUGUUAACGUUAACGGGACGUUGAAAAUUCCGACUACACCAAGCAAUGCAGCAAGCGACGGAGAAGGUGGUGGGAAAAGACGAAAAAGGGCUUGUAACAGCGAGUUUUACGACGUGAAUGAUUCAGCUUCUUCCAAUUUUGCCCCUGUGGCCCCAAUAGCCCCACAAAGUCUCGUCCCCGUUUGGACCAUGGGCGCAGCACCACCCACCGCCGGUAUCCAUGGCGGAGCUUUUUUUAUGUUUCCACAGAGUGGGGCCACGGCCAUCGGACCUUCCGCCGCCAACCAAACCCAGUUCUGGGCCAUCCCCGCCAGCGCAACACCCGUUUUCAAUGUCGCUGCAAGGCCCAUUUCCAGUUAUGUCUCCGCCAUUCAACCCGGUGAGCAUUCCGGCGGCGGCGAAAUUCAAACACCGUCACGAUCGGUAUCAUACAACAGCAGAAGUGAGAAUAAAUCAGGGAAGGUUUCAACAACCAUGGCACCAAGUUCAAGUUCAGUUUCAACGACGACGACAACAGCUCAGAUGCUUAGGGAUUUCUCAUUAGAGAUUUACGAUAAAAGGGAGCUUCAAUUCAUGGCUGGUUCAUCUUCAACAGAUGAAAAGCCAUCUUCAAAACCUUCAUCGUAA